AAGACUCCACAGGUGAGGCUAGUAUUUUAUUGAUUGAAGUAGAGCUGUUGGCAACUGCCAGUUGUCUCUCAAUAACAAACCUUCAUAGACAACAAUCAAGCUUGUACAUGCAAGCCUAACACAAAGUCGAACAAUGAAAAUAAGAUUAAAGCUGUCAAUCUUUCUAUUGACUUUUGGGAUUUUGUCGAGUAAUGCCCAGGAUAAAGAAGGGCCAGAUAGACGCAUUAAAAUAGUUGUCAUAACCGAGAAAGGAUUCACAAUUCCAACAGCAGCCAUAACUGAUUCGCAUUAUGUUGAUUACGGAGAAUUGGAAACAGAAGAAAUUGAAUUAGAAGAAAACAAUAAUGAAAAAGAAGUUUGUGAGCACAUUUUCGACGGUAAAGAACCUCCAACAGUUGUGAUUGACGCUACGAGAAGACCAAGAGGAAUGGAUAAUCGAAUAUCACCCACAGUCAAAGCUGUAGUUAGAAAAAUGGGUGUGCCUACAGUUAGUGCUACUUACGGUUAUAAACUGACACUGAUGGGAUGGGAAAGUUUAAGUGCAACAGAAAAAGAAUAUCUAGUACAUAUCGCUCCUCCAGGAGACGUUAUUCCUUUCGCAGUCCGCGAUAUUUGUGAAAUUCAAAAAUUUAAAUCAGCAGGAAUACUCUACUAUAAAGAAUUAGUGAUGGAUCUCAAAUACAGUACAUUAUUAGAAAAUAUUCCAACCAAACAUAUCAUUCAACUUAUCGAAAAUGAUGAGAAUGAUAUAAGAACUAAAAUUCAGAGAAUGAAACCUCCAGAAAUUGCAAAUUUUUUUGUAAUCGGUUCAAACAGCGUAAUAGAGAAAGCAUUAAGAAUGGCAAACAAUUUGAACUUAUAUGGUAAUCAAUUUUCCUGGUAUUUUAUUACAACUGAAAACCAAGAACCGGAUUGCCACUGUAAAAAUAUGACUUCCCUACUUCUAAAACCAAUAGCAAAAAAACAAGAUAGGUUGGAAUGGAUUAUGAGAAAACUUCCAAAAUAUUCUUCUGACAUGGAAGCCACAUUUUACUUUGAUUUGGGUGAUUUCGUGGCUAAGACAGUACGUGACAUGAUCAAAAAAGGAAAUUGGCCAGAAAAAUUAGAUUAUCCUGAAUGCAGUGAUAUGACAUUAACUGAAGAAAUGAAAGAGCAGAGGGGAAAAAUUCGUCUAAUGACAACAUUAAAACAGUUGUCAUUUGAUGGAACGUUCGGAAAAUUUAUGUUUACAAGCAGUGCCAAUUAUGAAGAAAUUGAACUCAGUAUAAAUAAAUUGACAUUUUACAAUAAUAAACGACAGCGAGAAGGAAAAAGCGUUAUUGGAAAAUGGAUUGCUGGAAAAGAUUCAGGGCGUUUACAAUUUGAAAAGGGAGAAAGUCUAAGUAAAUACACAGCAGUCACUAUGUACAGAGUGACAACAAUUAUACAACCUCCUUUUAUAUAUAAAGUUAAUAAUUCAGGAUCAAUUGAAUAUGUUGGAUACUGUAUUGAUCUUCUGAAUGAAAUUAAGAAAAUUCUAAAGUUUGAAUAUACUAUUUUUGAGACUGAAGAUGGAAAAUUCGGUGCAAUGAAUGAAAAAGGAGAAUGGAAUGGAAUGAUAAAAGAUUUAAAAGAUAGAAAAGCUGAAAUAGCAUUAGGACCAAUAUCAGUUAUGGCAGAAAGAGAGACAGUUGUUGAUUUUACAGUGCCUUAUUAUGAUUUAGUAGGGAUCACUAUAUUAAUGAAAAAAACCAAAGUGGCCUCUUCAUUAUUCAAAUUUUUAACUGUUUUAGAAAAUAAAGUAUGGGGAUGCAUUUUAGCAGCAUAUUUUUUCACAAGCUUUCUUAUGUAUUUGUUUGAUCGGUUGAGCCCUUAUAGUUUUCAUAAUAAUCGAGAAAAAUAUAAAGAUGACGAAGAAAAUAGAGAUUUUACUGCUAAGGAAUGUUUAUGGUUUUGCAUGACCUCACUAACUCCACAGGGUGGUGGAGAAGCACCUCGUAAUUUAUCUGGAAGAUUAGUAGCUGCAACUUGGUGGCUUUUCGGUUUUAUCAUUAUUGCAUCUUACACAGCUAAUCUAGCAGCCUUCUUGACAGUUUCUCGUCUUGACUCUCCAAUAGAAGGUUUGGAUGAUUUGGCAAAACAGUAUAAAAUAAAAUAUGCACCUCAAAACGAUACAUCAUCUAUGACUUAUUUCGAAAGAAGAGCUUACAUUGAAGAUUUGUUUUAUGAGUAA